GUGACUGAGCGAAGGAAAAAGCGUGGUUUUGUUUUUGCUUGAUCUGUUAAAUGAUUUUCAAAGUCGAUUCAAAUAUGUUGUGAUAUCGUCUGUCAAAUGACACAAAAACUGCUAAACAAUGACAAAUUGUGGUCAUUCGCACGACUGUGGGGGACACACGCCCUUGUCAGUCACACAAACGAUGGAUGAAAUGGAGUUUGAGCGAGGAAUUUGGAGUGCGGCCAUGAAUGGUGAAACCCACGAGGUGGAAAAACAUUUAAAACGGGGUGUUUGUGUGAACAAAGAGGAUUCUUAUGGCUUCACGGCUCUACACUAUUCAGUCAGGAAUGGCCACAUGGAGGUGUCGAGGGUGUUAUUGCACUAUGGUGCUAACAGUAACAGUCAGACUCGAGCAGGGAAGGUCACACCAGUCCACAGGGCAGCAUAUAAAGGUCAUCUUGACUUGCUCAAACUUCUGCUGAAACACGGAGCUAAGCCUGAAAUGGUGGAUGCAGAUCAGAAAAAUGCUCUGCACAAAGCUGCAGAAAAUGGUCACUCCCCGGUUGUCAACUACCUGGUAACCAGUUAUUCUCACCUGGUUGGUUGCCAUGACAACCAGGGCAAAACACCAAAAGACUACAUUAGUGAGCGAUUCCCAAACCUUUUACACCUGUUUGAAGCCGUUAAACACAAUAGAUGACACUUGCCUUUGUAAUCCUUGGUGUUGUUCUUGUGUCCUAUUUAUAAAUGUUUUCAAUUUUAGCAACAUUUCCACAUUUAAUACCAAAUUUUAUAAUAUCUGUGGUUGAUUUUUGGAAAGAAGUUAAAAUUAGUGAUUGUAAUCACACAUCUCCAGCAAACAGAUGUGUCCAGGAGAGCCUGUAGUCAGUAGUGAUGUGCAUUUUUGAAAGGAAGUGUGCUAAAGCUCUCAAGAAUGUACAUGUCUUCCAGUUUUUUAAUACUCACAAGUUCAUCAUGGACAAUCUUUCAAAUUCUGCAAGUAUAUAGAAAGUGCCCACUAUAAAUCUCUUGUUCUGCCACCUACUAAUCGCUGAUGGUAUGAAAAUAGCGAGCUUACAGAUUCCAGUAAGGAUGUUUUAUGAACAAUACACCUUCUAGAAUGCCCCUCCUCCCCCAUAAGAAGAGCAUAAAGGCCUUAAAAUGAUACUUUUGAUGUCGACACUUAAGUUUUACAGAUAAAUCUACACAGAGCACUCUUAAGUGACCCUGUAAGGCGGAUAAAUCAAUCAGCUGUAUGCCAAACAUAGAACUUCAAAAAUGAAACAAAAAAAAAAGAAAAACUUUAUGUGAAAUUCAAUGCAUGUAUCUCCUGACAUGAACAGUUUAGUGGUUACCUCCCUUUUUAGGCACAACUCGAUAGUGUUUGUGUAUUAGAGAACAUACAUGUACUAGAUCCAGUGAGCACCAUAGACAGUUUGUAUGUGGCUGUCCAUCCUUGAUUGAAUGACAUGAUACAGCACUAAUUGUCUGACCAGGGGCCUACUGUGGCUCAGUUGGUUAACGCACUAGCCGCAGCGUAAUGAUCCAGAAGCCUCUCACCAGUGCGGUCGCUGUGGGUUCAUGUCCUGCUCAUGCUGGCUUCCUCUUCGGCCGUACGUGGGAGGGUCUGCCAGCAACGUGCAGAUGGUAGUGGGUUUUCUCCAGGCUCUGCCCAGUUUCUUCCCAUUGUAAUGCUGGCCACGGUCGUAUAAGUGAAAUAUUCCUGAGUACGGUGUAAAACACCAGUCAAAGAAACAAAGAAAUAAAUAAUUGUCUGACCAUAUAGUUAUGUGUUUUGUGGUUUGUUUGCACAGGGUUCCUUCAGCAAUGCGAAAACUAUAGGUCAGAACUGAUUUAGGUUGAUUUAUGAACCACUUUUACCACAGACUGGCUCUGUGGUUGUUCAGCUCCGAAAUGGCCACGUUGGAGAUCCAUUAUACAUGUAAAGAAAAUAUAUUUAUUGCUUGAUUGAAAUCAUGUGAUUACAGGUGUGACAUAGCUUGGUUUUUCUUCAGCUGUGAUUAAUCUUUAGGCCAUUCCACUAAGAUGGUACAUGUAUGAACAGUCUUCUAUGUGACAU